CUGUGCGAUCAAUCGUCUGAAGUAAGUGAGGUUAAUUUAGUUCUGCCGCUUAAUCGUUAAGAUCACUUUGCUACAUGAUUUAUCGCACAAUCCACACUGCACAACAUUUUUCGGAUAGGAGUAGUCGAGGUGUGAUAAAAGCACUUUCAAAAAAGUCAUUAUUUUGUUUUAAAAUCAUUAAAUGAACAUGUUUCUCUUUGUAAAGAGUUUCAUCAUAAUUUUAGAGACGAACUAAAUUCCCAAAAUCCCAAUUUUAUCCCCUAAAAAAAGUUUAUAAUCUAUUUAAAGAAUCAGGAAACUGCGUCAUAUUCGAAUUACUAAAAUCCAAUUUAUCAACGAAAUUUCAUUGAAAGAAAACUGAUGUGCCUUUCUUUUUCAUAUAUUUUUUGUGCAAACAGAAAAAAACUAACAAAAUACAAUUAUAGAAAAUCAGGCACACAAAAAAAAGAGAAAGAUGUUCUUCCGCUAGAAAAAGCAAAAAAUGGGGGGAGAUAACUGGUGUAUUGAUUUGAGCCCAAAGUAGGCGCAAAAAUAUGGGGGUCGCUCGGUCACCUUAUUCAAAUAUUUACACAUACACACAAAUAUAACCCUCUGAGUUGAGUCAUUUCGACAAAAUGGGAGACUUUAGACAUAGUAAGUAACGAGAAAAAAAAGAACGAGGAAAUUAAUUUAGUUUACUUACUCGUGAUGUUUUUGUUACUUUGAAGUGUAUUUCAACUUUAGUUGUGAAAAAAGGAGAGAAUAUGAGGUUCAACUUAAAUAAAUUGGGUUUCCAAACGGAAGACAAUAAAGCAGCAAAACGUACACAUAACUGAGAAGCUGAAAAAUGCGAAAAAAUAUUGCAAGCGGACAAAAAAGAGUCGAGCAGGCAACAUUUUUUCGAACGCUUCUAUGUGUUUUUUCAAAUAAGCAUUCAAGUUUUUAGCUGUCACUUUUUUUGCAAAAAUAAGUGUCUAGGGAUAUGUUUUUAGUCUAUAGUCUAUAGAUAAAAACAUUGAAAAAGAAUCGAUUGAAAAUACACUCAAAAGUAAUUAGGAAGUCUAUUGUUGACCCUCGAAAGUUUUUUUAGUGCUUGGGAAAAAGUACAUAUACAUGUGCAUUUUAUAGCGGAAAACUAAAAAAAACAUAGCUGCACUUUUUUUGAUGAUGAAGAGAGGAAGAAUAUUAAUUCCUCGAGACCCAUUAAUCCAUACCAAAAAAUAAUUAGAAUAAAAUUAUUUUAAGAAAGAGGAAGCAUCUAAAUUAUAGUUGGGCAUAUUUUUUGUGCAAGUGAGUUGAAAGUUUACGCUCGUAUUCAUAGGGUAGACAGGUCGAACGACUAAAAGUCGCUAAAUCACUAAGGAGUUCCAUAAAGUUGGAUAAAUUAUACCAUUCAAACUGUCUUAGGCUUGUCUAUCCUAUGAAUAUGAUCAGAGUGUAAGGUUCUAAAUCACUUGCACAAAAAAUGAAAAUGUCAUGUAGUCGAUGUCCAAAUUUAGACACUAUUUCCUUUUUUGCUGACAAGCUAAAAGAAAUUUGAAAACAAAGAAGCUAUCCAUCUUCUGAAAGUGCACCCUUUCUGUUUUUUCCAAAUACGGAGGAAAAAUUGUUUUCGUUUAGUUUCAAGAAAAAAAAAAACAAAUUGUAGUGUCUUUAGAAAAAAUUCCAAGUGAAAAAAGAAAAAAUUGCUGAAUUCGAACAAUAGUUUUUGUUUUUGUUCCAAAAAAAUGCGACAAAAAAUUAAUAAAUAUAAAAAUUGUACGAUUCUUGUUUCGUAAUUCAUAAUUGGGGAGCGAAAAUAAGGGAUAUAUUUAUUCUAUUUCUAUUUUGGAAGAAGAAAAAGAAAUCGAAUUGAAAAUUGGAAUGAAAAAUGAAAUUUCACUUUUCUCUCUGCGUCUCCUAUUUACUUUAUUAUUGAAAGUACGCUCUAUCGAACUGUCCCCCACAAUUUUUUGUUCGCUUUUUUUUAUUCGUUUCGUUAUAUUUUUUCGAUUCAAUCCUAAUAAUCAUUAUUUUAUAGGGUAACAAAAUGGUGAAAGCAAGAAAAGAAGGAAAAGUCAGCAGAAAGCUGAAACAGAAACCAGAUUAUGGACCGGUUAAAAAUCGACACACUUUCCGUGGUUCGAACCACAGUAUGAAUCCAGGUUAGUGAAGUUUUGAUUUCUCAAAAUGACGUGGGAUUUUUGAUGAGGCAAAAAUUAUAAUGAAUUAUUUUUGCAGAUCGUCCAAAAGAUGCCAAAGAUGGAAGUCAACGUUCAAGAGCGACUAUCAAUCGUUUGAGAAUGUAUAAAAGUUUCAAACCAAUCAGAGAUGCAAAGGGAAAAAUCUUGAAAGCAGCUCCAUUCCAAGACAAAUUGGCGCAUGGAACACAAGCCAGAAUUGAGCCAAAUAGAAAAUGGUUCGGAAACACUCGAAUCAUUGGACAAGAACAAUUGCAAAAGUUUCAAGAAAAUCUCGGAAAAGUGAUGAAAGAUCCAUUCCAAGUUGUCAUGAAACAAACAAAACUACCAAUUAGUUUGCUGCAAGAAAAAGCAAAAACUCAACGAGUUCAUGUCACUGAAACGGAAAGUUUUGAAUAUACAUUUGGAAAGAAAUCAUUGAGAAAGAAGGCGAAAUUGAAUGAUUCGAGUUUGGAAGAAAUGACAGCAAGUGCAAGUGAAAGAGAAUCCAAAUAUAAUCCCGAAUUGGAUUUGAGUUUGCAUAAAGAUAUUGAUGAAAGACCAGAAAAUCAAAAUCCAUUGUUCAGAGCAGGACAAAGUAAUCGAGUUUGGGGAGAAUUAUACAAAGUUAUUGAUUCGUCAGAUGUUGUUGUUCAAGUUGUUGAUGCUCGUGAUCCAAUGGUAAGAUUUCAUAUUACUGAAUUUAUUUUUACUCAAAUAUUGUUUCAGGGAACUCGUUGUCGUCACAUCGAAGAAUUUUUGAGAAAAGAAAAACCACACAAACAUCUUGUCACUGUUAUCAAUAAAGUUGAUUUGGUUCCAACUUGGGUUACUCGAAAAUGGAUUGCUGAAAUUUCAAAAGAAAUGCCAACAGUUGCAUUCCAUGCUUCAAUCAAUAAUUCAUUUGGAAAAGGAGCUGUUAUCAAUCUUCUACGACAAUUCGCUAAACUUCAUCCAGAUCGUCCACAAAUUAGUGUUGGUUUUAUCGGUUAUCCAAAUGUUGGAAAAUCAUCAUUGGUUAACACUUUGAGAAAGAAAAAGGUGUGCAAAACUGCUCCAAUUGCUGGAGAAACAAAAGUAUGGCAAUAUGUUAUGUUGAUGAGAAGAAUUUAUUUGAUUGAUUCACCUGGAGUUGUUUAUCCACAAGGAGAUUCCGAAACACAAAUCAUUUUGAAAGGAGUUGUUCGAGUUGAGAAUGUUAAAGAUCCCGAAAAUCAUGUGCAAGGUGUAUUGGAUCGAGUUAAAAUGGAACAUUUGAGACGACAAUAUGCUAUUCCGGAAUAUGAAAAUGUUGAUGAUUUUUUGACAAAGAUCGCUGUCAAACAAGGAAGAUUAUUGAAAGGAGGAGAUCCGGAUUUGAUGGCUAUUGCAAAAUGUGUUUUGAACGAUUUCCAACGAGGAAAAUUGCCAUAUUUUGUUGUUCCACCAGGUUGUGAGGAAAGAGCAAAGAAGGAUUAUAAUGGAGCACCGAUUAAUGAAGUUUGUGCGGAUGAGGAUGAACAAGUUCCACCAGAAGCGCAAUUGGAAAUGGAUGAUUUAGCAAGGGUUAGUGGAAAUUAUAGGUUUUGAAAAAAUUGGAUUUUUAUUUCUAUUCUCAUUUUCAGGAUGAAUUGGCAAACAAAGAUGACGACGAAAUUGUUGAUGAUGAAGAGGAAGAAAUGACUGAAAUUGGAUCAACUUGUUCUGGACUUACUGAUUUAUCAGGAAUUAGUGAUUUGGCUGAAGAUUUGCCAGAAGGAGAAGAUGAAGAAGGACCAUCAUCAUCAUCAUCAGCUCCAGAAAAGAAAAAAGAAUUUGCGAGUGUUCGAACACGUGGAAAACGAGGUGGAAAGAAGGUGAACAAGGCAAAGAUUGCUGGAAAAACAAUCUCGGAACAUGCAUCGGGAAAAAAGCAGGGUGUUGUUGAAUUUGCGAAGAAAAGUGGCGAGAAACAGAAUAUGUGGAGAAAGAAACUCGAGAAACGUAGAAAAGUCAAACAUCAAAAAUAA